GGCCCAGCGCGGCACGGCGGGUGCGGACGUGCGGAGGCUCACUCGGCUCAAGCCGCCGCUGCUCUGUGCCGACCUCUCCCACCUCCCCGCGCCGCCGCCCGCCGGAGCCGCCGCCAAGAUGCCCAUGUUCGUGGUGCAGACCAACGUGCCGCGCUCUGCGGUGCCCGACUCCCUGCUGAGCGAGCUCACCGCACAGCUGGCCAAGGCCACGGGCAAGCCCGCCCAGUACAUCGCGGUGCACCUCUCGGCGGACCAGCUGAUGGCCUUCGGGGGCUCCUCGGACCCGUGCGCCCUCUGCAGCCUGCACAGCAUCGGCAAGAUCGGCGGGCCCCAGAACAAGGCGUACAGCAAACAGCUCUGCGAGCUGCUCACCAAGCACCUCAAAAUUCCCGGGGACAGGAUCUAUAUCAAUUACUACGACAUGAACGCGGCCAACGUGGGCUGGAACGGCUCCACCUUUGCCUGAGCGCCCGCCCCCCCUCGACCGGUACCCUCGGCCCGAGCAUGUACCUUUGCUGCCUAGUCACUCCCCUGGUUCUUGUGUAGUUGGAAAUCAAUAAAGAGAUCGUAGGUGUCUGA